AUGCCUUACACCUCAGUCCAGGAGGCCUGGGAAGCCUGCGACAAGAUAGACACUCUCUUCAUCCUCGUCUGCACCGUGUUCUGCUGGACCAUCGUGCCAACCGUCGGAAUCGCCUACAGCGGCUACGCAUGGAAGCGCAACAGCCUGGCGGCCGCCAUGCCGGCCGUGCUGACCAUCGCCACCUGCUCGAUCCAGUGGUUCGUCGUCGGGUACACGCUGGCCUACGGCGAAGGCGGCGGCCGCUUCUUUGGCAGCUUCAAGCACUUGUUCCACAUGGGCGUGCUCGCCGAGCCUGUGGGCACCAUCCCCGCCAUCCUGUUCAGCGAGUUCCAGCUUGUCUUUGAGGCCACCGUUUGCGCCAUUGCCGUUGGGGGUAUCUGCGAGAGGGGACGGUUAUGGCCGAUUGUUGCGUUCAUUGCUCUUUGGUCGACUUUCAUCUACUGUCCGCUGGCGCACAUGGUAUGGGGCGGUGGGUUUCUCGGAGAAGACCUUGGCGUGUUGGAUUUUGCGGGAGGAACACCUGUCCACGUCUGCUCCGGAGCGACGGCUACGGCCCUGAGCAUCUACUUGUCGUAUCCCAUCUUCCGCUCGCGCAAAUCCCAGGUUCGAACUCCAACGCACAUCCGACUGCACCGGCCGGGCAACUCUUUCUACCAACUGCUCUCCAUGAUCAUCAUUUGGGGAUCAUGGCUGGCAUUCGAUGCGGGGACCACUCUCUCGCUGAGCUUCCAGUCGGUCAUGGCGCUCUGCGUGACCAAUCUGUGUGCCUCGGCUGGCGCGCUGACAUGGGCCUGUAUGACCUACUUCGAGACGGGCAAGUGGUCGAUCGACUCGACGUUUAUGGGUGCCAUAUCCGGCCUCGUCAUGAUCACGCCGGCGGCAGGUUUCAUCGAUAUGCCGACAGCAUUCUGUUUCGGCAUCUUCGGGGCGCUCCUUUGCCGUCAGGCUCUCCGGAUCAAGUUCACCAAGUUUUCCCACCAUUGGCGCUGGGUCGACAACGGGGACACAUUCGCGACGCACUGCGUGGGUGGAGUUGCAGCCACCAUUUUCACCGGCUUGUUCGCUCAAAAGAAGGUAGCUGCAUACGGCGGCCUUGACAUUCCCGGUGGGGUGUUCUUUGAUGGAAACAUCCGCCAGCUCUGGGUUCAGAUAGUCGAGGUGAUCAUCGGCUUCGUUUGGUCGUUCUUCGGGUCGUACAUGAUCAUCGCCUUGAUCGACUGCGUGCCUGGCCUCGAGGUCCUGGCAAUAGACAAGCAUAUCCACGAGGGUCUCGACCUCAAUGAGACCGAGGAAUCUUUGGCCGGCCUCGAGUACCCCGACGAGGUUGACUAUACGCCAACAGACAAGGGCACGAUUGCCCUGGACUAG